AUGUCACAACAAACACCACUAAAACCUCAUUUAGAUUUUGUUAUUGAUAAGGUUAAACAAUUAUAUGUUGAUGGUGAUACUAUCGAUAAACAAAGAACAACAACGAUCCGAUAUCCAACUCAUAAUAUUGAUCCUACAACAUCACGUUAUUUUGAAAAUUCUCACAAUUAUCAAUUUAUUUGUGAUGAUUAUUUGUAUAUUUUCAUGGGUUCUAAUAUUUGGCACAGUUUUAAUUCUGUUGUGAAUGAUUAUUGUUUAAUGAGAAUUCAUUUGGAUGAAAUUAAUAGAUUAUAUGAAGAAACAGAGAAAAUUGCUGUAGAGGAGGUGAAAACAUAUAAUGGUUGUUAUGGAGGUAGAAUAUUUCCAGCAUGUUAUUAUGAUGAUGAUUUAAAGGAAGUCUUUUUAUAUGGAGGGUUGAAACAAGGAAGAACUCUGUCAAAUGAAUUUUAUGGAAUUGAUAUGAAAACAUUUAUUUGGAGACGAUACAUAUCAUCACAAUGGCUUCCAGGCCUUGAAGGACAUACCAUAGUAAAACGUAGGAAUGGAGAAUAUUAUGUUUAUGGAGGUCAUGGAGGAAAUUUAGUUUUCACAAAUUCAUUCUAUAGAGUAUUGUUGGAUCAUGUAGCAGGAACUGUUGAAUUUCAAGACAUGAAAAAGGAAAAAAUGUUUGGAUUCGAACAUGUCACAUCAACAGUUGCCUAUCAUCAAAGUUUAUAUUUUGAUAAGAUUGAUGCAAUGGUAGUGUUUGGAGGAAAAUUAAGAUCUGGAGAGAAUGCACCAAUGAGUAAUGAUUCACUCAUUUUCUACUUUAAAACAAAUACAUGGAUUAAGGUUGAAUCGACAGCCAUUCCAUGUAGCUCUCCAAUACCAGCAUUUAAGAAAAUACCAGACGAAUACAGAGUAAUGACAAAGAAUUUUUGGGUUAAAACUCCAAAAACUCGUUCUCAUAACAUGGUAAAGAUAUCACCAACCAAGUUAUUAUCUUUUGGUGGUACAUGUCAUACUAGAGAUCAGCCACAGGAUUUCACAAGAGAUGUUUUAAUAUUUGAUGUUGAGGAAUUAACAUGGCAAGUUUGUGAUACACUUUCAAGUCAUGAUCCUGAAGUUGUGUACUUGGUUGAUACCAAACAUUCAAUCGCUGCAUCAGAUGAGUCAUGUUUACAAGGAGUUGGACAAAUAUUUGGGCAAGAAUCAAAUGAAGCAAAGAGAUCACCUCACGAGCUUAAUAUCUCAGAAUUUGAUGAAACAUUUGUUGGACGAAACUAUUUUUCAAUGAGUCUGGAUUAUAAUAGAAAUAGUGUCUAUAUCUUUGGUGGAAGUGUCUGUUCUGUAAAUGGUACAAGAAGAUGGGAAUCAUCCGAUCUCACCAAAUUCCAUUUUCAACUUAGACCUACCAUUUCAAAAGCUUAUAGAAUGAUGAAAAUAUUUAUUGAUUCUCAGAAUAUUUGUGGACCAUUCUCUGACAUUACAAUACAAACAAAAGAAUAA